AUGGGCAAAAUGUUUUGGAAGGAUUGGCAUUUACGAACUUAAAUCUGUAUGAUCUAAUUUGGCAUUUCAAUUUUUACAAUAGGUUUAAUUGCUGUCUCAACUUAUUCUACAAUGUAUUAUAUUUCUGAAUUCUAUAUGGAAACAUCAGAACAUGUUUUUUAAAAAUAAUUUGGAAAAUGGACAAAAAUAAUGAUGUCACAUAACAUCCAAAGAGUAUAAUAGACCUUAUUUAGAAGUCAACAACAAAUUGUUAAGGUAAAUGCUUUGUAUUAAAUGACUCAGUAAAUAAUGCAAAGUUCAUUAUAAUAACCAACUUCGUGUCUUAAUGAGUAUAAUCUUUUGGAUGUAUAUGCUUAUAGUGCAUCUUUUUGUUAUAUGAUUUAUAAAGAUACUAAACCGAAUAAAGUCCUAUAGAAUCUUAAAAAUCUUUGCUCAUUUUUGUCAGAAUCUGUACUUUUUUUAGACUAAGACUUUGAUAUUAUACUAGCCUCAUCAAAUGAUAUACAUUUUUUCACAGUUUGGCCUGGGUUUUUUUUAUCUAAUGAUUAUAAUCCUUAAGAUAGAAUCUGGUAUGUAUAACAUUUAGAACAAUUGCAAUUGCAUAAUAACCAUAAUCUAACUUAUUUUAGUGAACCUCAUAUUCAUUGGACUUGGAAUCUCUUAAUGAUAGCUUAAACCAAAAGUUUAUUAAAUACAAACGGAUAACUUGAUGGAGUUAUAGCUUCUCAUGUUAAUUUCAGCUAAUUUAAUUAUUCAGAUGACUAAGUUAGUUUUACAAUAAUAAAUCCUACAGGUCGAAUAUUAUUAAGCUCUUUGAAUGUCACUUAAUAUUCAAAUAUAUAUGAUUCUAACAUUACUAAUCUAGGAUAUCAAGAUUAUUAACAGAUUGUAAAUUAGGCCAAGGGUUAAGACACAGAAAGUAAUUGUAAUUCCACUGUUUGGAAGAAUUAAGGUUAUUUAUGUAGAAAAACUUAUGAUUAAUAAGAAGAAGAACUUAUUAGUACUAAAAAUAUGGAGGCAGCAGGAUUGAUUUUAAUUAUGUAAAAUUGAAGAGAUAUUUUAGGUAAACCAAACUCUCUAAAUAUUAAAUGGAAUUUAAGAAUAUGUUUAAUACUUUCUAAUCUUAAUUAAACAACAUAUUAGUUGGUACUAUAUUAGGCUUUAUUCUUUAUAUGCUUUCAUCUUUAUUUAUUACUACUUGUGUGGUUAUUUUUUUAUUUAAUCCUAUUAUUAGAAUCAUUAAUUAUACAUCACAGUAAUUAUUUAGAGAAAGUCUUAAUAAAAAAAAUAUUUUUUAUAAAAAAAACAAUUUUUCUUUUUUUGAAAAUUUAUCAACUUCAUAAUUAUUGAAUGAUUUACAAUAAUCAUUUAAUAGAUUAAUCCACAUUACAUCUAAUUAAAAAAAAACAGAUAUAUGCUAAUUAAUAGAAGGCUUUAAAUAUCCAUAUAGGAGAUGGAAGUUAAAGUAAAAUAGUAAAAAUGUCCGAAAAGAUACUUCUAAGUUAUUAAAUAAUAUUUAAAAUGAAGAAACCUUAAAACUUUAAAGUUUUGUAAUUAAACAAUUAAUGAUAUCAGAGUUAAAAAUAGAUGGUUGUUUCUGA